AUGUCAAGCUCGGGAAUAGCUGCCUCGCUCUACGCAGCCACAAUAUCUCCAGCCUCGAUCACUGGAGCUGAGCCUGAAGCAGCCAAAGACAAGCUGCAUCACCUGAAAGAUGGCAAGGGUUUCACUAAUCCAUGGGUGUGUACUGAAUCUCCCAUAGCGGGCCACGAAUUAUACUCAUCGUAUCGCGAAGGCGAUGAUAAUGUACGUUUGCUCGUCCGUGGUAACACCCUCGGCUCAACCCUCUCCAGGCGCCGCCUCAAAGGCACUGCAAAUAGACCUGAUACCACCCCUCCAACAGUGACAGUUCGAAAGCCCGACUUCCUUCCUUCCAGAAGCACUGAUACCCUCCGAGCCACAUGGUUAGGUCAUGCCUGUUAUUUCGUGGAAUUUCCUGGAGGCUUCCGCGUCUUGUUCGAUCCCGUCUUCAGCGAGCGAUGCAGCCCGUUCACGUGGCUAGGUCCCAAGCGUUAUACGGACGUGCCCUGUCAAAUUGAAGAUAUCCCUACCAUUGACGCCGUCGUUAUAUCACAUAAUCAUUAUGACCACAUGGACCACCCUACUAUCACGAAGAUCAAGGCGAAGCAUCCAAACGUCCACUUCUUCGUUCCGCUCGGCAACAAGAAAUGGUUCGCAGAGUCAGGCAUUAAUGAGGGUGUGACGGAGCUUGACUGGUGGGAGCAGCGAGACAUUGACUUAGCACCUUCCGCGAGCAAGCCUGCUGUGUCGAAAACAGAUGUUAAGUCGGACCUGGCAGAAGAGAAGAGCAUUUCCGCUCGCAUUGGAUGUCUACCGUGCCAGCACACAAGCGCCCGGACCUUAUUCGACAAGGGACUCACUCUAUGGGCUAGCUGGAGUGUAGAGAGCGGAGGUAAGAAAGUAUGGUUUGGAGGGGACACUGGCUACCGUGCUGUGCCCGAGCUCCCUAAAGGCGUCGAUGACUACGAUGAAGAGCACGUCUACCCACGUUGCCCCGCCUUCAAGGACAUUGGUGACCUUCGAGGACCGUUCGACCUUGGCCUCAUCCCUAUUGGCGCAUACGAUCCCCGCUGGGUUAUGUCACCUAUGCAUGCAAAUCCGUUUGACAGUGUCGAAAUCUACAAGGACACAAAAUGCAAGCGAGCUAUGGGUAUACACUGGGGAACUUGGGUGUUGACAGAGGAAGAUGUGCUCGAACCACCUCAGCUGCUCAAAAAAGCUCUCACGAGAAGCGGCAUACCGGAUACAGGGGUGUUCGAUGUGUGUGAGGUCGGAGAGAGCCGACAGUUUUGA